UGCCGCCACCCUAGAUUUACAGCCAUGUGCUGGCGCUAGGACGCUGGCGCUAGCUGGCCAUCCAGGAUACAGGCGAUUCGGAUUGGCAUUGGCAUCAGGCGAUUGUGAAGGUCCUUGUGAGGGCAGCAAGGCGAAUCUGUAGAUUGUUCCGAUAAGCUGAAAUGCAGCACUGAUCGACAGCCCUGUAAGAUGCAUUCAGUGAUUGCAAGUAUUGCCGCUUGAUUCGUCUGGAGCUGAUACCCUGCAAGGUACAGUUGUAAUUACUUUCCGCGCGUUACUAAGAAUGUCAAGUGCAGCGCUACCUUGCUCUAAAACGUCAGCUUUCGUGCAAACUCCAAGUCACAGGCACAUCAAUGAUACGAUUCAGGGGCAGUGGCGCGGCCAAGCCGCUGGAGAUACCACCGCCCGACUGAAUGCAAUGAACAGUGUGCUAGCUCCCCACAUUGGCGGCAGGGUAGGUUGGCUUCCUGCAAGGACAGAAGCGGGCAAUGCUGCAAUUGAUCUGAGUAAUGUCAAACUAGAUGCAAGAGCCAGAGCAAGCGGCCACAAUGCAGAUUUUCCCCAAAGACAUUGCACUCACCGCCGGGGGGCAUGCGUCCCGGCAGCGGCGCUUAGAUCUGACGCAGCUCGGCCAGGGGCAAUAGGGAUAAACUCUUGCACUGUGCGCGCUUUUCUCUGCCACCAACAAACUGUGGAUUCUUUCCCAAGCCCCUCAUCAAAGCGACUGCAGAGAUGCAGAUUCACUGGACCGCAAAGAUCCGAGUUCACAGAUAGACAUAAGCUGCACCACCAUUCCAUCGGAUUCAGAAAGAGCGCAAAAUCUGAAAAGGCCCUGUCAACCAGGGCGAUCCUCGAUUUCGACUGGUCAGACUCCCCCCGCGGCUGGGCCGACAGGGCCUCCACGUUUCUUCCCCCCCUCGCCCCUGACCCCGUCAAGUUCCAGCGCAAAAGACUGGACCUUAAGUUUGCGGUCCUGCUGAUGCGGUCGUCUUAUGAAGCAGUGGACGAACUAGAUUUUGUACCGAUGGACAGGUUUCAGGUUAAGUUUUGGAAAUUGCGGCAAAGCGAGCUGGAGCCGUAUGCGCUGCAGUACAGCCCUCUGAAGGCAAAGUACGGAGACCUCAGUGACCCGCUCUACUUCGACUUCAUCUCUUUCAGUCAGUACGCGGCGAUCUCAAAUGAGAUGAGGGAGGGCCAGCAAGUCUUCCAGGAGAAGCUGGGCGCGGGGGGCCUUGUAAAGACCGUGCGCCGCAACCCCGAGUUACGCGAUAACGCGAGCCUGCCAUCAGCGUUCAAAGAGAGCGUUGCGAAGAAGAUCUACACCGGUCUGGUGGAGGGUUUCGAGGAGGUCCAGUUCGGAGGCCCUGUGCCAUGCGAGGCGGGCGCGCCAGCCGACUGCGUUGUGAACGGCGUGAAGCAAAUUUUGUCAAUAUUCGUGAAGGCUGGGUACGCCCUGAAAGCGACCGUCUCAGAUGUCGACCAGCUUGGAGACGGGAGUCGACGGAUACAGGUACGAGUUGAGGGUCCGGCCAACCUGUGGAGCGUCCGCAGCCUAGCGAGCCGGCGAGCGUCCGUCUAUAACGAGUUUCUCGCGCUAGCAGUGCUUGGGUUCCUUCUAGCCAGCGGCGUGCCCUCCACCUUUGCGUCAAAGUACUCUGACACAAGUAUAGACUACGACUUUGAUUGCAGUACGAAAAGGACGUAAGUCGAAAAGAGCAAAGUCCAAAUCAUAUUGAGUGAUUGCAUGCAUGGUCGUGUCCGUGCUUAUGAUCGCCUUGAUCAACCGUAACGUGGU